UUAAACGCAUCAGAAGCACACGUGGGGAGACGCAGACUGAGCCAGACUUGGUCGAGUCUCUGCGUCGUGCCAGAAACACAGGAAGAAGUGUAACAAACCCUAAACGGAUGUGUGACAAUGACCCACGCUGUGAACGCGAACAGACGCGGUUUUGUUUCAGCUCCUCUCCUUCUACUUUGAUAUUCUAGCGACGCAGUCAGCGCACCAGGAUAUCUUAGGUCAGGUCGCCUUACUGCUCUGUCUGGAUUAUUCGGUGCGCCUUUUUUUUGGACCACAACUGUGACUUAUAUCGACAGUGAGUGGAUAAAGUAUUUGAGAGAACAUGGGGACUCAGGGCACGGGACGGAAAAGGUCCACCAAGAAGGAGAGGUCGACGGCAGAAGACGAUGCCCUCAAUCUCAUAGCGAGAGAGGCCGAGGCCAGGCUGGCAGCCAAGAGGGCAGCCAGGGCAGAGGCCAGAGAGAUCCGCAUGAAGGAGCUGGAGCGACAGCAGAAAGAGAUCUUUCAGGUGCAGAAGAAAUAUUAUGGCUUGAACACCAAAAUAGACGACCGAGCGGACAGCAAAUGGGGAGAUAUUGAACAGUGGAUGGAGGACAGUGAGAGAUACUCACGUUCUUCACGGAUACAAACGCUCUCAGACGAGGAUGAGCGGAUGUCAGUCGGAAGCCGGGGCAGCGUCAGGUCGGAUCUUGAUGCGGUUGGGGCUUAUGGUGGAGGGGACUCCUCCUCAAACUCACUUAAGAAGUCAAAGAAAAAGAAGAAACAUAAGCACAAAGACAAAGAUAGGAACGGCAAUGAUGAUGAUUACAGUGUGGUAUCCAGCAGGAGCUCAAGACUCAGUGAUGAAAGCAGAGCGUCUCGCUCCUCCAGGCUAGAACUAACGAGCUCCAGACUGAGUGAAGACACCCGGGUGUCUCGUGCCUCCAGAUUAGACCUGCAGCCGGCCUCUUAUGCUUCCUCUGACUUGUACAGCUUCAAUGGUCUGUCCUCUUCCAGAAACCCAGGUUCAGCUCUCAAUGGUUACCAGAGCUCCUUGUAUGAAGACGGCCUCUCUGUCGGGUCACAGCGGGUCUCUGGCUCCAGCGCUCAUCCUUUAGAGUACUCUAGUUAUCGCAGCUCCGGCUCCAGAGCCUCGUCCAGGGCCGGUUCGGCCCGCGCCAGCCCAGUGGACAACUGCGGCUCCGUUGCCAGUUUUUUGAGGAGCGCAGCCGGUAGCGGCGGCCUCCCACGUGACCUGGACGACGUUACUAUUCCUGACUUUUCCGAUGUGGAGGACAGAGAUUAUCUUGAGAAGGGGUCUCGAGCAGCUUCUGCCUUAACAGCAGCAACCCUCACCUCCGUAGGCGGGACUUCCUCACGGAGAGGAAGCGACGAGACGGCUAUAACUAUAGAUGCAGAGACGUCUAUACGAGAAAUCAAGGAGAUUCAUGAACUGAAGGAUCAGAUUCAAGAUGUGGAAUCCAAGUACACGCAGAACCUUAAAGAAGUCAAGGAUGCAUUAGUGGGAGUGGAGGAGAAGUACCGUAAGGCCAUGGUUUCCAACGCCCAGCUGGAUAACGAGAAGAACAACCUGAUGUACCAGGUGGACACGCUCAAGGACUCGCUCAUGGAGCUGGAGGAACUGCUGUCGGAGUCGCGCCGCGGAUAUGAGGAGAAAGUCAAGGAUUACGAGCGUGAGAAACAUGCCCACACGGGGCUUCAGUUCCAGUUCAGUGAAAUGAAAGAGACGCUAAAACAAAGCGAAGAGCUGCUAAAUGACAUCCGUCAGCUGCGUAUCAAACAGGAAGGUUUUGUUAGAGAAAUCUCUGACCUGCAGGAGACGGUGGAUUGGAAGGAUAAAAAGAUUGGGGCCUUAGAGCGACAGAAAGAAUACACAGAUGCUAUUCGAAAUGAGCGAGAUGAGCUCAGAGAAGAGACGGUGAAGCUGAAAGACAUUCUGAAGAAACAUGGAAUAGUAUUGGGUCCAGAUCUAAACAUCAAUGGAGAGAUUGGUGAGGCAGAAGGGGACGGGUCCCCCAGUGCAGACCCUACUACCCAACCGGCUCAGGACUCACAGACCACCUCAACAGAGGGGAACAGCAUGCUCGAGAUUCGCCUGAGGAAACUGGUGGAUGAGCGGGAAAAAAUGAUCGAGCAGGUAAAGAAGCUGAAGUCCCAGCUGGACCAGAAGACACAGAGGAACGGCACUGAGAACAGUUCAAGCCCGGAUGGUGAAAUUCUUGAAAACGGCAACGAUCCAAACUUGAUAGAGCUGCAGAGAGAUUCAAGCAGGCAAAUAAGUGACUUUAAGUUCAAACUGGUGAAGGCAGAGCAAGAAGUGACCGCUUUGGAACAAAAUGUGACCAGACUUGAGGGUCAGGUGACACGCUACAAGUCUGCAUCAGAGAAUGCAGAGAAAGUGGAGGAUGAGCUGAAGGCAGAGAAACGGAAGCUACAGAGAGAGCUGCGGUCAGCACUGGACAAGGUCGAUGAACUCGAGUCAAACAACAGCCACCUUUCUAAAAGACUGGAGAAGAUGAAGACUACUCGCGGCAUGGCCCAGACUCCAUAGAAACCCCCCCCCACACACAUCCAACGCCACAAAACUGGCUCAUCUCCUGGAAAAAAAGAGUCUUCCUGCAUUUUGGGUUCCUCUUCCAUCUGCCGCAUAGCAACCUUAUGAAAAAGAACAAAAAAAAAUCUAAAAUCUUAGUUACCAUAUCCACAGAAUAGAGAACAACAAGCAAUGUGCCAUUUCUUUGUCUGUUUUCUGCCCGAUGAGAAGUCUUUGUAGCGUUAAUGCACACAGCCAGAUGUACAUGAAUCUGUGUGUACCUCGUGACCUUGGUUGACCCUCUGCACUGCUCUGCUAAAAGGGGGACCGGGCCACAAGGAGAGUCCCGGGACAGAACGCCACUCUCUGUUGUCCAUCGUAGCGUGAGACAAAAAAAUGCUGCACUGCACCUCUUCUUCUGCUGCCUCCCAUCAAGAUUCAAGAUAUUGACUUGUCUUGCUCACAUGGAGGACAGAGAAAAUUCAGAAAAGACAAAUCACAGUGCAGGAAACAGUGUGGAACCGUGUCCAUGACCCAAGACUGUGAUGUUCAUUGCUGAGAAGACGAUGAGCGCUUUGUGUGUGUCGUAAAUGAAAGAGCAAAAUGAAGUGUAUUCUCCCUCAAUUGCAUUCAAAGCCAAACUAUUUUUAAAGGUGUCCAUGUUGGUAGUAAAUCUGAACAAAAAGGAAUGCUUCCCCUAAACACAAUAUCACACAAUGUAAACAGUCCAAAAGUCACCAAUCGUAGCUCCUUAAUGUAGCCAGCAGCCUGACGCAGGUUAUCCUACAGCUUUGACUCGCAGCGUGUCCCCGCCCUUCACAUCUUCCAGCUCCUCUCUGCUUCCUGUAGUCAGUCACUGGUUGGCUCUCGUGCACACACGUACUUGCUGAGACUCACUGAAGAAAUGUGACGAUGGUGGUCUCAAAGCGGUGUUAGCAGGAGAUAGCGAGCACACUGGGGAGAAGCUGCUUCACUGUUUACAAAGCUUCAAAAUGCUUGUAAAGAAAAGUUAAACAACUGUAAUCUUUGUGCAAUAAAAGCUCCAACCAUAUUGGUAUGUGCACACAUGCAUUUUAGUCCCGGACUACUAAAUGUUUUCUUUUAACAUUGUUCCCCGGUAUACUGUGCUUUAUUAUCCCAAUGUUCCGUUGUGUUUCUUUCAUCAGGACCAUGUUGGAGGAAAAGGUUGACGGUUCAUUCUUCACAUUUUAGACCGUAGUUAUGAACAAGCGAGUCAGUAAACCUUGAGAUUGUUUCCCGUUUCUUUACACAGUCGGUAGUAAAGUACAGCAGCUUAUUGUUGUUCAGUCGGAAAUUAUUAUAUAAA